CUCUACGGGCGCUCUCGGCAACGUCCCGGAAUAACGGGGGGAAACAGAGCGAGAGGGAAACGGAAAACUGGAAUUUAACGGCGAUUGUGAAGGAUUUCGGUGGAGGAAAACCGCUUCUCCUCGUCUUCUUCGGCCGUAAGCGGCGGACACAGCUCGGAUUGACCGAGGGAAGAGCACUGGGAGCGGACAUCCUCACAGAUGCAGAGCCUCUCCAUACAUGGCCUCCUCCAGGUGACCCCUGGUGACUUUAGUCACUCUUGGCUGAAACUGUGAAUCUCUGAUCCACCUGAAGAGAUCCGCAGGGUGAGACGGAUUACAAUUACAUGCUGAAACUGUAUGAACCCAAUGCAGUGAGGACAGGCUGAGCUGAACUUGUCUUCUGAGAUACUCCCCUCCUUCCUCCAAGAUCUCCCUCUCUCCCUCCCUUCCUCCCUCUGGUCCUCUUGUCAAAGCUGCUGAAUUAUUAAACAUCAGACGGUGGGCUCGGCCGUGGAGCCAGAGGAUAGAUGGAGAGCUAGCGAGAUGAAAAGAUGGAGAGUGAAAGAGAGAGGCAUGGAGAUGUCCGACGCUGCAGGGAGCCGUGAGUCAGCAGGGAGAGCGAGCACGUGUGGGAGGGAAGACGGAGAGAGUUCAUAGAUAGGUGAUACAACUGCAGAGAGAGCGGCAUCAGAUGCCUCCUGGUGGGCGCGUGUGUGUGUGCAUGCGCCUAUCGAUUGAACAGAGAAGGUCACAGAGCCGCAAGGAGAUUAGCGAGCUAGACUCACGGAGCUAACGCCUCCUCUGAAUAGCAGCUAGACAGGAAGAGGAGAGACAAAAGAGGGGGAGAGAGAGACCAGGAGAAGGACGAGAAGAGCUGCUACAGUAUGGGGGAGAGCUACAUGUACCAGAGACUCCCCUACGCCAGAGGACAGGAGGAGGGGGAGGAGGACGAGGAAGAGGAGAGAGACAGGAGGAUCAGAGAGAGAGUCGGGGGACAAAUGAUGCAGUGUGAGGAGGGGACCGAGUGGCUCCUGGAGCUUCUUACUGACGUGCAGCUGCAGCAGUAUUUCCUGCGGAUCCGUGAUGAGCUCAAUGUCACACGGCUCUCCCACUUUGACUACGUCAAGAAUGAAGACCUGGAGAAGAUCGGCAUGGGACGCCCAGGCCAAAGGAGGCUUUGGGAGGCUGUGAAGAGGAGGAGAGCCCUUUAUAAACGCAAGUCCUGGAUGAGCAAGGUGUUUCCUGUGAAACGGCCAGACACAGACCCCCAGCAGCCCCUUUCUCAGGGUGCUUCGUCCAGCAUUGCUCCUGGAAAUACAGACUCUACCGCCUCACUAACCUGCCUAAUCAGAGAUUCAGAGCUGCAACUGUUUGAGCGUUUAGGAGACGGGACUUUUGGGGUGGUACGGAGGGGAGAGUGGACUGCACCCAAUGGAAGAGUGUUAACUGUGGCAGUAAAGUGUCUAAAGGCAGGUGUGUUGGACUCAGACGGUCUGGAUGAUUUCAUCAGAGAGGUCAACGCCAUGCAUUCACUGAGCCACCAGAACCUCAUUCGCCUUCAUGGCAUUGUGCUCACACAGCCUAUGAAGAUGGUCGCUGAACUGGCCCCUCUGGGUUCCUUGUUGGAUCGUCUGAGAAAGCGUCAGGGGCACAUUCUCAUCAAUUCUCUGUGUAACUAUGCUGUGCAGGUGGCCUGUGGGAUGGCCUACUUGGAGCAGAGGCGCUUCAUCCACAGGGACCUGGCUGCUCGUAAUGUGCUGCUGUCCACAAAUGAAACUGUGAAAAUCGGAGACUUUGGCCUGAUGAGGGCACUGCCCACACACACUAAUGAAUACAUCAUGGAGGAGGGCCACAAAAUCCCUUUUCCCUGGUGUGCUCCAGAGUCUCUGAAGUCUAGAACUUUCUCACAUGCGUCUGAUACCUGGAUGUUUGGUGUCACUCUGUGGGAGAUGUUUACCCAUGGACAGGAGCCAUGGCUGGGCCUAAAUGGCAGCCAGAUCCUCCAUAAAGUUGAUGUGGAGGCUGAGCGUCUGAGUAAACCAGAUGACUGUCCUCAGGAUAUCUACAACGUCAUGCUGCAAUGCUGGAGUCCCAAACCGGAGGACAGACCCACUUUUAUUGCACUCAGAGACUUUCUGCUUGAGACCAUGCCUACGGAUAUGAGAGCGCUGCAGGACUUCGAAGAGGAAGACAAACUGGAGAUCAAAAUGAACGAUGUCAUCACCAUCAUAGAGGGAAGGGCCGAGCAUUACUGGUGGCGAGGUCAAAACAGGCGGACUCUGCGUGUUGGUCAGUUCCCUCGUCAUGUGGUUACCUCUGUCGCCGGUUUGUCGGCCCAGGACAUCAGUAGACCACUAAAACAUUCCUUCAUCCACACUGGACAUGGGGACACAGACCCUCACAGAAGCUGGGGUCAUGCCGAUCGAAUAGACAGUCUGUAUUUGGGGAACCCUAUGGAUCCUCCUGAUGUCCUUGGAUUUGAUUCAGGAGAGGCAAGGCCAACCAAACUCCCCAACCGUGCUAAGAAGCAACCUCCUCCUCGUCCACCUCAACCUGCUGUUCUUCUGAAGAAGCCGUUCUACGACUCUGUGAUGGAUGACUAUGACGAUGAUGAAGAUGCCAGUGCUUCAUCAGGGCUGAAGAGGCUGGGAGUGUCUCUGGGUCUGAAGUUAAGGCCGUGGGAGGGUGCCAGUGUCCGGACAGCGAAGAGUGAGGUAUCGCUCAUUGAUUUCACUGACGACAGCUUCAGCUCUACCACGCCCUCGCCGCUCACUGAGACACGACAGCCUGAUGAGGACACUCUGAAGGACACUCCCUCCAUCCUGGACUGGCCCCUUCCUCAGCCAGCUUAUGAUGAGGUUACCACUGACCUUGAAGACCAAUCAGAGGACCAGGAGGUGCGGACCAUUAACAAGGGUUUGACUGAGGAGACAUCAGCCUCAGGCAGCGGCGGUAUGGCUGGAAGGAGUGAGUCGCAGUCAGCCGAUCUUUUCCAGGAACUUCAGAGAGAGGUGAUGGUGAAGCUUCAGGUUCCCAUGUCAACAGGCCGUUCCCUCCCAUCCUCCCCCCUUCCUCUGCCCCUGGCUCCUUUUGGCCCCCACAGACAGAUCUACCUACCUCCUUCGUCCCCAUCCUCUAACUCUACAUCUUCCUUCACCUCCUGCUUCGAAGACCGACCCGUGCUCCCCCCUCGCAGCCCUGUCCCUCCAAUGCGCCCCUCCAAACACAACCUCUCUGCGCGCUCCACCCAACCACAGUCCCGCUCCAGCUCCAUCUCCCUGGGCGACCCUGAAGACACGCCCCCUCAGAUCCCACCAAGAGACCACGCCUUCUCUCAGCCAGGCUCACGCUCCUCCUCUCCCCUCCCACUCGUACCCCCAUUGUCCUCCUCACCCGUGGCCCUGCCUCCUCCCCCUCUUUCAGUCUCCCCUCGCCGGGCAUCCGGACUUCUGGGGCCCCUCCUGUCCUCUAACUCAUCGGUCUCGUCCCUGCCUCAAGUGACACCACAUUCCUCACAGCUCACCGCUCGGGGUUCCACCUACGGGUCCAGCUCUUUACUAGAGCCUCUCUCCUACCGUGAGGGGCGGAGUCUGUCUUCACUGAUUGAAAGUUCUCAGAGCUCUGCUCCUGCCCCCCUACCUGAUCGACCAGCUUAUCUAGAAAGAUAUGGAGCUGCAAAUAUGGCUGCAGUCAAACCCAUGAUACAACAGCCCGGAGGAGCAAAACCAAACUCCUCCUACAACAACAAUAAUGGGCGUACUGCAGCUCCCAGCAUGCAACAGGAGCAGAGCAUCACACAGGUCCAAGGAGCCGUACAUGGAGUCACGUUGGAAGAGUGUCAGGCAGCUCUGCAGAGUCACGGCUGGAGCGUCCCUCAGGCUGUCAAUCAUCUGAAGGUGGAGCAGUUGUUUCGUCUGGGUCUACGGUCGAGAGCAGAGUGUGAGGAUCUUCUGCAGCGCUGCAACUGGAACCUGGAGGAGUCAAGUACGCUCAUGCUCGACUCAUAUGGGCCGCAUAGAAACAUGAAGUGACAGCUGGAUGGCAAACCGAGCCACCGGCGGCUGUUGAUGAGCUCCUGAUGUCACCUGGAUCAACACGCCAUCCCAACCCAGAUGAGUCAUCACGACCAUGUUAAAUGAAUGGCGAACACAGAGCGGUAUGCUGUAUGUGCCUCACAUUACGUCCUGUGAUUACUUGCAGUUACCUGUGUCAUACACAUGCAUGUUCAUCAGCUAACAGAGCGGCUUCUCAUAUGAGUUGCACCAAUUACUUGACUUUUCUUUUUUAAAUGUAUAGAUGAUGAGAAUUUGUUUCUCUGCUGUAAAUGUUUAAUGGGUGCUGUGAAUGUGUGCAUGUGCAGAUGCGAUCUUACGUUAUAUAAAACACUGUAAAUGCCCAUGCCUUUCUGCUGUAAAGAAGCGAGUUAAAUCAGGGAAAUGUCAGCUAACGUUACAGUUGUUUGUAGGAAAUCUAUGGACAAGAUGCUGUGUUGUGUUUAGCACUUUACUGAGUGUGUCCAUAUUUUCAGGACACAUUAACUGCUGGUCAGAAGAUGAUAAAUGUUGUACUUAGUUUGGGUUUCAAUAAAGCUUUUAAGCUUUAUUAAGAUGUGAAUUUUAAAGGAAUGAGACUCUUUGUUUUGUCCUAAAAGGCAAUAUGAGAAGAAAAAUGUGAAACUAUCUACAAUCUCCUUAUGAAUACAGGGUAGUAGGCUUUUAUUUCAACCUCUGUGAAUGAAAUGUUUCAUGUAUAGAUGUUUAGUUUUCUUUCACUGAUAAAACUGCUGCAUGAUAAUCAAAAACAAUGUGAUUGUAAGGACUUUUCCUUGCUUAAAGCUGCAGGUAAUGUUCCCAAAAGCUAGCCGUAUGUGUCUGCAGAUAUUGAUCAUAAAUGUGAUCACUUACUGUCUGGAUAACUUGAGCUGAGUUUCUGCCAAGCAGUCUGGUCCAGUCUGGUUUGGUAUGGUAUGCAUGUUCCAGUGCCAAAAGUUAGGACCAAAAAAUGGAUCCAUUCCAUUCUACUUUUAUGGCACCACUCUGUAAGGGUACCAAGUGUACAUAUCUGACCAUAACUGUGGUCUGUUUGUGGUCUUCUGGUAUAAAAGAUCUUCAUUUCACAUGUAACAACAGUAAUAAUCAUUACAUACAAAUGUAACAUGCUUUGCACAGAGCUGAACAGCUUUUCUCCCUCAUUUUGUCAUAAACAUGCUUAAAACUAAAACAGCGAUAAAUUAUUUAACAAAUUUGUGGGGUAAUAGUCCAACUGAAACAACUGGAGUUUUAAAGAUGCAAGUCUCAGUGAUGGGGCAACAGCAGUGAGUUGUUUUCUUUUCAAAAACCACAAAAGUCAAGUACUGACAUGUCUACAGUCGCCAUGUUUCGCGUUAUUUCCCAUAGCUGUGCACGCACAGCUCAAUAGCUUCCAUGUCAUGUGUUUUGUUGCUCUGAUUGGCCCGUAGAGAUGUGACAGGCAGAAUGGUCAUCCAAUCACACUGAGCCUUUUUCAAAGCCUCUGCCUUUUCUCAAACGUUUCCUAUUGAAGCUUUCUCAGAUGGAUGUCAGGUUAGAGCUGAGCCAAAUGAUCUCUAAAAAGAGCCAAAAUACCCAUCAGCCUGACCAAACUGGACAGACAUUAGCUGUUGAAAUGCAGGGAGGAUGCGGGUUUAUGGGCUUGACUGAACCAAACUGGACUACUUGGUGGAAACACGCCACUAAAGAAGCUUAAAUUUGUAGAUUGUUGCUGCUGCUUCACAUCAGAUCUGGUUCAUCUCUUCUGCAGGACUUUAAAUGAACGUUAUAUUAGAAAUGAUACUUUUUUUGUUUUUGUAGAAGGUGAACAAAAAGGUUUAUUAUAGAAGUAUUUCUGUUUGUAAGUUGAAUCCCUCCUGAAGCUUGUCUGUUUGCUCCUGUAGUCACACUGCUGUGCCGUAUCUGACGCUGACUGCAUUAUGUUGUAACUUUACAGCAGCUUAUUAA